GGGGCGGCGGGGCCCGGAGCGGAGUCCGGGUUUGUUGUUGUUGUCCCAGCCCCAGCGGCUCUCCGUCUCCUCGGCCGCCGCUCUUGCGCCGCCAUGUCCAGCCCUCAGGAGCCGCCGCAGCACAACAACAACAACAACCCGCCGGCUGAGGGAACGCAAACCGAGCUGGGCCUCAAUAGUUCCUGGGUGGAGUUGCAGAUGAACGGCAAUGGCAACAGCAAUGAUAAUGGCAAUGGGAAGAACGGAGGGCUGGAGCAUGUCCCAUCAUCAUCCUCCAUCCAUAAUGGAGACAUGGAGAAAAUUCUUCUGGAUGCCCAGCAUGAAUCGGGACAGAGCAGCUCAAGAGGUAGCUCCCACUGUGACAGCCCUUCACCUCAAGAAGAUGGACAGAUAACGUUUGAUGUGGAAAUGCACACAAGUAAAGACAGUAGUUCUCAGUCUGAAGAAGAAGCAGUAGAAGGAGAGAAGGAGUUGGAGGUGUUGAAGAAAAGUGCUGACUGGGUGUCAGACUGGUCGAGUAGGCCUGAAAACAUUCCUCCCAAGGAAUUUCAUUUCAGACAUCCUAAACGUUCGGUGUCUUUAAGUAUGAGGAAAAGUGGAGCAAUGAAGAAAGGUGGCAUUUUCUCUGCAGAGUUUCUUAAGGUUUUCAUUCCAUCUCUGUUCAUAUCUCAUGUUUUGGCUUUGGGACUAGGCAUCUACAUCGGAAAACGACUGACCACACCUUCAGCCAGCACUUACUGAGAGACGGGGUGCAAAACCUGGACCCCCACGUGACCUGUGAAGGUGUUUCUGUCUCGUUUAGUACGUUCGACUUGAGAUCGUUUUAAGCAUGACCCUGACUUCACCCUUUCUUUACAUAUCCAGGUUUUUGCUAAUUCUGGAAUUCAGUAUUGUGUUGGAACUCUGUUGAGGUGUUUUGCUAUCCACAUUCUUUUCCUCUCUCCUCCCAUUCCCUUGCCUCUUGGCCUGCAAGACACGUCAGAGUUGCUGAACAGAGUUUACAACUGUCUAUAUGUUGCAAGGGCUUCUCUCAAUGCAAAAUGCCACCAGCAAGUUUUAAUUUUAUCAGUGAUGCUGUUGCCUCCUUAGUGCAACCUGACUUAAAUUGCAGUUGUGCAUGGUAUAAAUGUGACUGUGUUAUAGUGAUAAACUUAAGUAUCUUCUGAAGAAAAUUAUUGAUUGGAGUGAAAUUGAAUUCUGCUUUUGAGAAACAAACCGGUUGUGAAAUAAACUAAGAAAUUCCUGGCAAUAAAACAUGGUUUAAAUCAGC